CAAAAGGACUAUUCCGGAACAACAAAAAACCCAAUCCCCCUCACUCCUCAGCUUAUAUCAACAAAACCCUAAACCCCUUUUCCAAACUCUCGCACUCAAUUCUGAGCUCUGAACCUUUUUCUUCUUCUUCCUCGAAACGAUGGCGACUCAGAUCUUCUCUCGAAUCAUCCCCAAAUCCCUAACCCUAACCGCUUUCAUCUCUCGCUCACUGUCUUCCUCUACCUCCACCUCCCUCGCUGCUGGUUCCUUCCUCCGCCGCCUCCGCCCUCUUGCCUCCGUCGCCUACCCCACCACCCUUCGCAGCCUCCUCCAUCCUCCUCGUUCCUCUUCCGCCCUCUUCUCCACCCGUGCCUCCACCUCCUCGCUUAACGACCCUAACCCCAACUGGUCCAACCGCCCACCGAAGGAAACUAUCCUCCUCGACGGUUGCGACUUCGAGCACUGGCUCGUCGUCAUGGAGAAGCCUGAAGGAGACCCAACCCGCGAUGAGAUCAUUGAUUCCUAUAUCAAAACCCUAGCUCAAGUCAUUGGAAGUGAAGAAGAAGCAAGGAUGAAGAUAUAUUCGGUUUCAACUAGGCACUACUUUGCGUUUGGGGCACUUGUAUCCGAAGAACUUUCAUACAAAAUCAAAGAGUUGCCUAGAGUUCGUUGGGUACUUCCCGACUCGUAUUUGAAUGUCAAGGAAAAAGAUUACGGAGGUGAACCCUUCAUCAAUGGACAAGCUGUACCAUAUGAUCCCAAGUAUCACGAGGAGUGGGUUAGAAACAAUGCCAGAGCAAAUGAAAGGAACAGGCGCAAUGACAGGCCUCGGAAUGCUGACAGGUCAAGAAACUUUGAUAGGAGGAGGGAAAAUGUGGUGAACCGAGACAUGCAGGGUAGGCCUCCCGUGCCAAAUCCUGGUGCUGGUCCUGGUCCUGGUCCUAACAUGAGUGGUGCACCACCCAACAACCCAGGUGCAUACCCUCCCAACAACCAAGGCGGAUAUGCUCCUCCUGGCGGCCAAGGUGGAUAUGCUCCUGGCAGCCCAGGUGGAUACACUCCUCCCAACAACCAAGGUGGAUAUGCUCC